ACCACAAGUUAUGUGGGUUAAAUCUUUCAAUACUGCAGCAGACAUAUAUAGCUCUGAUUUAUACCUAAACAAGUAUCACACAAUUGGAGAUUCUAAUGAGAUUCAUAAUCACACUGACCUACAUACUCCUUCUUCUCCCUUACAAACUUUCCAUAGCAGCUGACUCCAUUCAUUUAUCACAAUCCAUCACCGAUGGCCAAACCUUGGUGUCCCAAGAUGAAACCUUCGAACUCGGUUUCUUCCGUCCCGACGGCAACUCAAACAGAACAUACCUCGGUAUCUGGUUCAAGAACAUCCCUGUUCGACAAGUCGUUUGGGUCGCAAACAGGGUCAAACCAAUCAUCGGCUCUGAUCGCAUCAUGUUAACAGUGAACCGCACAGGAAACCUCGUCCUCACACAAAACAGCACGGUAGUUUGGUUCACAAACAUUCAAAAACAAGCACAUACCAAUCCGGUGGCGGUGCUAUUGGACAACGGCAAUCUCGUGGUGAGAAAUGUGGGAGAAACAAACCAAGAAGAGCAUUUGUGGCAGAGUUUUGACUAUCCAUCCGACACAUGGUUGCCACACAUGAAAGUGGGAAGAAGCUUCAAAUCCGGUCAUGAUUGGAAAUUAACAUCAUGGAAGAGUCCUGAAGAUCCAUCCCCUAGUGAUUUUACUUGGGGUUUAGCACUACGUGAUUAUCCAGAUUCUUAUAUUAUGAAGGGAACAAAGAUUAAAUUGUCCCGUUUUGGACCAUGGAAUGGCGAAUAUCCUAGUGGAGCUCCAGAAGUAAGAUACACUACUUCAUCAUCUACUCGUCUUCUGGGCAAUCGGUAUGAGUUUGUCGUCAACAAAGAUGAGAUGUUCUACAGGUAUACCCAAAACAAAAGCUCAGUCAUCUCAAUAAUAGUAUUGAAACAAAGCACUCUGUUUCCCUAUGUGUGGAUUGAACAAGAGCAAAUUUGGAAGACAUAUAGGUCAUUUCCUAGAGACUAUUGUGAUACAUAUGGCCUUUGUGGAGCCUAUGGGAAUUGCGUAAUUAGCAGAGGAGAUAUGUGCCAAUGUUUCAAGGGGUUCAGUCCAAAGUCACUAGCAAUAACCGAUUGGAGUGAAGGAUGUGUCAGAGAUGAACCAUUGAGCUGCUAUAAUGGGACGCAAAAAGAUGGGUUUAUCAAAUUUGGAGGGUUAAGAGUUCCUGAUACAACACAUGCUUUGUUAAAUGAAUCUAUCAGUCUUGAGGAAUGCAGAGACAAGUGCUUGAAUAAUUGCUCUUGUAUGGCCUACACAAAUUCAAACAUAAGUGGUGGAGGUAGUGGUUGUGUCAUGUGGUUUGGCGAUCUAAUUGACAUAAGACAGUUUGAUAAUGGUGGCCAAGAUCUUUACAUUCGGAUGCCUGCUUCAAUGUUAGGGACUGACCACGGGAGUGAAAGAAGGAUUAUAAUUCAUAUCACUAUUGCUUCAAUUUGUGGCUUGCUCGUUCCAUGUCUUUAUUUUGUCUGGAGAUUUCGCAGGAAGAUUGUUGCAGAAACAUCUCAACUGGCUGAGAUAGAUCUCCCAUUGUUUGAUCUAACAACAAUUGCUGCGGCAACUAAUGGCUUCUCGAUGAACAAAAAGAUUGGAGAAGGUGGUUUUGGACCAGUAUAUUGGGGAAAAUUAACAAAUGGUCAAGAAAUAGCUGUGAAGAAACUUUCAAGCUUAUCGAGCCAAGGAAUGACUGAGUUCAUAAAUGAAGUGAAACUAAUUGCACAACUUCAACAUCGAAAUCUAGUAAAGCUUCUUGGUUGUUGCAUUCAGGGACAAGAACGAGUGUUGAUUUACGAAUACAUGAACAAUGGUAGCCUACACUCUUUCAUUUUUGAUGAUAUUAAGGGUAAACUGCUAAAGUGGCCUCAACGACUCCACAUAAUUUGUGGAGUAUGUAGAGGACUUCUGUAUCUUCACCGAGAUUCAAGAUUGAGAAUUAUCCACAGGGAUCUCAAAGCUAGUAAUGUUUUACUUGAUCAAGAUUUAAAUCCAAAAAUAUCAGAUUUUGGAACAGCUAGAACUUUUGGAGGAGACCAGACAGAAGGAAACACAAAGAGAAUAAUUGGGACCUAUGGGUACAUGGCUCCGGAAUAUGUUUCUAAAGGGAUUUUUUCAGUGAAAUCUGAUGUUUUCAGUUUUGGUGUUCUAUUGUUAGAGAUCAUAUGUGGCAAAAGAAAUAAAGCAUAUUAUCAUACAGAUGACAAUCUUAACCUAGUUGGUCAGGCUUGGACAUUGUGGAAAGAAGGUAUAGCAUCAGAGUUAAUUGACUCAAACAUAGGAGACUCAUAUGUAGUUUCAGAAGUAUUGCGUUGCAUGCAUGUUAGUCUCUUGUGCGUACAACAGAACCCAAAUGAUAGGCCUACCAUGACCUCUGCGAUGCUAAUGCUAGAGAGUGAGAUGGAACUAGAGGAGCCUAAAGAACCUGGUUUCUUUUAUAGUAAUAUUUCACUUGAUUCAUAUUUACGUAGUAGUCGGAAGGAUAGAAGUUUAGCAUAUGAUGUAACAAUUUCUUCAUUUGGUCCUCGAUGAAAAUAAUUUCGUGGGUCAAUUUUGAGUCAAUUUAAUACACCCGACCCUUUUUUUGUGGGAAACCAUCCCUUAUGCCAUGUGCUGGUCCAUCUAGCAUGCUCGUAAUGACACAGUUUUUAAUCAGAAAGAAUUCUCAUAUGGAGGAGUAUGGAAUAUUCAAAUCAUGUGUAUAAUGUGGUGGAUUAAAGCUUGGUGGAAGGAAUUCCCGACCCCGACCCUUCUCUA